CCCUUUGUUUACUUUCUACCAAUGAUCACAGGUUGGAUAUCGCAGAACAUCAUCAAUUACGCACCUUUACACCCAUUUGCUACGCUACUGAGUCUCAUAGUUUAUGCCCCGUCCCCUCCAUUUUUGGUCUUUAAUUGCAUACAGCUUCGAAUUAGGAGUUGGGGGAGGACAACAAGGCCCGGCCUAAGACUCGGAGUGUCAUGGCAUCAUCAGCAUAAGAGAAACUCGCUUCACCAAUCCGCACUGGACUACAGGUUAUUUUGAUUAUUUUGCAACUAUCCGGUUAUUUGGCAUUGCUAGCAAUGGAAAAAUGGACCUCCAAGGUCUCCGGCCCGGCGAAUGGCUUGUGCCAACAGUGGACGGCAACACGGUGCCACAGGCUGCUUCGGCCACUUUUGACGCAUGUCGCUGCGCUGAGGAAAGAAGUUGACUGGCAGAGGUCGUUCUGCCCGGAUCAAAACCUUGCGCAGUCUAGGGCUCAAGAAGCAGUGAGCGAGGCAAGUGGCAAGCGCUCCAGCUCAGAUCGUGACUCUUUCCAGGCACGGAAAAAGGCUCGCUAUACGUAUUCUCUGAAGACAUCGAAGGCGACGAGCCACCGUGGCUCGGCUCGGGAUUGCCCGGGUGAGAAGGCCAAAGAAUCAAAGGCCAGGCACGAGGAACCGUCCAGGGAAGGGAUAGUAUUACCCACGCCAGUGCUUAAACGAGCAAGAGGGCAUCUCAUGUCCUCGCCUGUCAUCCACAGCUUUUGGCCCCAGGAAGACGCAAUGGUCUCGAGAGUAGGGAAGUGUCACCACGUGCAAGAGUGCUGUGCGAAUCGUUGCGUCUUCGAACUCGAGCUAGCCACCCUCCGAAAGACGACCGCCCCUUCCAGGUUCUUCUUGUACGAGUCCAUCUUCCGGGCGCUGGAUGCAUUGCUCAGGGCCACAACGACGCAGAAGCCCGGGCGGGGCACCUCCAAGUCACUCGUGGCGAUGUGCCUCCGCAAGGUCCCGGAGUACGUCGUGGGGCUUGAGUUAUGGAGGCAGGUGGAUGCCGAGGCCAACGGCACAAGGUCGACACUCGAUGGCGCCGAGGUGUCUUUCGAGAUCUACUCAGACCUGGAGUCACUCGGCGUCGGAAACUGUGGCUGGAAGCACCUUUCCGACGUAGCUCGUGCGCACGGGAUCAAGGUCGUCAAAGACGCCAUCUCCGAGGGGCUCAUCGAGCUCGAGUUCUCGGUCAUGCUCGCGCGGCUGUGCAAUGAAUCGCCAUCAUUCACCGACCGCGGGGAACUCAUCGAGGCCAUUGUCUCUCGGCAGUACGAGAAACCAUCUGGACCGGACGAUUGGUUCGCCAAAUCUAGGGAGACAAUGCCUCUCGAGAUCUUCCUGCCGUCCUCACGGAAGGCGUGGGCGGGAGCGUUCCGAGCGAGGAAUAUGUCCAACCUGUUGAGCCAUCAGCUGCUGCCGCGGGAAUGGAUCCUGACGCGAGACUUUGGCACGAUAUGGUCGUCGACGGUGAGGGACAUUGCAGGGAAGAGCACAAGCCAGGACACCAUUACUUUCAUCAUCACAUCGAUCCAUGCACUUUGCAGCCACAUGUUAUCAAGAGGGCGCAAGAAGGCUUCUCCGGAAGAAGCCGUGGGAGCAGCCCAGCAAACAUUGAUAGGUGCGUUAACAGCACUAGUGACAACGGCCCUCUUAGGACAACAGACUUUGGUUCAGUACCCAACGAUAUCAUCCAAAGACCGAAUCAGGACUAUCAACAGGAGAGUUGAGUACAUCAUUCGAGUCUGCUUAACUACGAUCGGGUCGAGAAGUGGCGGAAUCCGACCCAGCACAUACCUUUUGCUUCUUGCCGCAUUCUUUCUCGACUCUACACUAGAAUCGACCGAGUCCGGUCAGCGACGUGGCAACAGAUACCGGACAAUGCUGCAAAACUGCUGGGACGACGGCCCCGGGAGCUGCCAAUGGGGGCAGCGGUACGAGGCGACACUGGCUCUGAUGUGCUCCAUAGCGCAAUGCUGCGGGCGGGGGACCACGGCGCCGGCGAGCGCCUACCUGACCAGGCUGUGCGACCGCCUGGGGACAGUCCGCGACGGCCAGCUCGGGAGCUUGCGCCGGGACGCGGCGUUCCUACUCGCGGACCAGACCGGCGACCUGCGCGACCUCGCCUUCGCCGAGGGUCUAGAGGCUGGCCGAGACGACCGGCCCCCGAGCAGGGACAGGGACAGGCCGCGGCAGACGCCGGGCCGGGGCACCGCGUUCGCGGGGUUCAGGUGGGACGAAGGUAUCAGCGAGUGGGUCACCACCAGCCCCGCCGUCCUGGCAGCGUCGACGAGGUUGCGCAGGGCACCGCCCCCGUCGCCUGCAGAUGACCCCGGGGCACGAUCGCGAGGUCACGCCCGCAGGAGGAGAGAGGACUCGACUAGGCGGCGGGAGGGCGAUACUCAUCCCGCUUCAGGGGAGAGGGCGGAAACCCGGGCUCCUGGGAUCGAAACGCGCAUCGGCGGCACGAGCUGCCUCAUGGAGGUGGGGGUGGUGGAGAAGGUUAGCGAGGAGAUACCAUCACGUCGUCGCAGUAGGCCACAGGCGAAACGGAAGAGCGCAGAGGAGAGCCCGCGGGCGGCGGGGGACGCCGCGGUACCGGACAGCAACGCAGACGAGCUCUGGGACGACGACGACCACCACCACCACGAGCAGGGGUACCAGCUGGGCGGCAAGGAGAACCGACCGGCCCACAGGGCUGUGGAGUGGCAUGCCCCCACCAAGCGGAGGCGGAAACGGGGCUCGCUGCAGAGUCGCCAGCCGCUCAGGACGAUAGCCAACGCGUAUUUCGACUGCGACGGGUCGAGCGGCGACGAGCUUGGCCUGUGACGGGCUGUGGGUGUACGUAGUACGUGGGGCGUUUAGGGUUACGAGGGCAUUGUCUGGACGUGGGGAGAGGAAGGGUUACAGCUGUUUGGAGUAGUUGUUGGGUUGCCAAUAGUAUUACCUCGAUAACGGCUGGCGGCCUGGUUGCAUAACCUCUACAGGAAACAUGGGGCUUGGAUGAUCGCUGUGGAGUCAUGGAAUACGUGCGCAUGUGUGGAUUAUUGUAGGUGUAGGAAAGAGGAGACGAGAAUAGAACAUGGAACUCGCUCAGAAGCAGCCAGGGUUCCUACAGAUGCAGAGAGCUUCACUUCAAAGCCCGUGUUACAUGAUUUUCGAGAAAACUCUCCGAGACCUGCCCUGCCAAUCC